GGGCGGAGGUAUCCCUACUUAACCCGCCCGUGCUCACCAACCCUCCCAUCAAGUAGCCGUCAUCGUCAAACGAAGCUAUGGCCCAUCCACCACGCAAGAUCCUGUUGGUCGUAACAACCGGAGGCUUCACCCAUGCUGUAACCAAGGAUGCAGCCCCGGUGCUCGAAAUCGGUAAAGUCCUGGCGGAGCGAGGCCACACAAUUGACUUUGCGACUCUGAACGGUCAGGAACACUGGAUAAACGACUACCCCUUCAUCUCACAACUUCAUCUCCUCGGGGACGGUCCCACCGAGAAACAGUAUGAUGAGCACUAUCUCCGCAUGCGUAAAUGGGACAUGGCGUCGGUUGGACUGGCCGGGGCGAUGCCGUCGAAGUAUAUGUUCGAUUCGUUCUGGCCAGUAACCUACCACGGUCUUAAAGCCAUCAUGGAGGACCCUGCACAUCGUCCGGACUUUAUGGUGGCGGAUUUCUUCGUCGACGCGGUCAAGGACAUGAAAAUUCAAUAUGGGAUUCAGAUCGCUAUUGUCAUGCCGACCAUGCCUGUGCUGAUGCUCCCAUGCAGCUAUAUCCCAGGCCAGCCAGGGUUCCAGCUUGACAUGACGCUCACCUCGGAAAAUACGUCGAUGUGGCUCAGGAUCAAGAAUGAGUUGGUGGUGGUCAAGGGUCUACCGGAAAUUAUCCGGCUCUCCCGCUGGACAAAAAGAAUGCGUCGCCAGAACGGAGUGAACUAUGACCUUCCUUCGCAGAAAAAACCCGAUUAUAUUGUGCUCGUAAACUCCUUUUUUGGGCUAGAGAUCCCGAGGGACCUGCCUCCCCUUGCGGCAGCUGUUGGACCUAUUCUCGGCGAUGAGUACCCAUCUCUGGAUGCAGACUGCGAGCGGUUUUUGUCGACACAUAAGAGAGUGAUGUAUCUUGCUUUGGGAACGCAUAUAAUCCUCUCUAAUGCAGAUGCUGCGAAGAUAGUGACUGCUCUGUUGCGUCUGCUCGAAUCAUCCCUUCUUGAUGGCGUGAUUUGGGCCGUGGGGAAAAGCGGCCGUCAGGACCUGGACUUAUCUCAUACCUUCGAUACACCCACAGGUCCGGUCACAUUUGGUGACAUCUUAUCCAGUCGGCAUCCGGAAUUUCUUUGCCCAUUCUUUGCGCCCCAGCGUGCCAUUCUCGACCACGAGGCAGUCCAGAUAUACUUUACGCAUGGAGGCGGGUCAAGCGCAAAUGAAGGUCUCUUUCACGGUAAACGGAUGUUGGCGAUGGGAAUCUUUUCCGAUCAGAUCGCUAAUACUGCGCGCUUGGUGCAUGGAGGGGUCGCUGAGCCGUUGAACAAGUUCCGUUUCACGUCGGAGGAGGUAUAUGAAAAGGCAAAGCGGGUCCUGGAGGAUGAGGGAGGAACCUACGCGCGGAAUUCGCUACGACUGCAGCGCAUCGCGCGGGUAGCGGCACGAAGGAAAUACUAUGCCGCAGACCUGAUUGAGGAGGUGAUGUACGACAAUGAGCUGAGAGUUAAAGAUAACAAGGAACUCAGGCCAAUGCACCUGCAGACAGCAGAUGUAAGGAUGCCCGCUUAUAAAGCUAGGAACUGGGAUCUGAUGGCUGUUGGGCUGGUGGCGCUGGUGGGGGGCUUGGGAGGAAUGGGCAUUCUGGGAAGAAUGCUGUGGAAGAACAGGCUGCUUGCGAAGGGUCUGUGGGAAGACCUGGCUCAUAGAGCCGGCGGCUUGUUCCGAAGGUAG